UGAUGGGUUGUGGCGCUAGCCAGAAGGUGGCCCCGGGACCACCCACUUUGGCCUGGGUCAAGCGGGAAGGUCAAAGUCAAUCCAACCCGGGAGGCCCCCCGCCCGAGGCCCUGGCCGAGGCGGCUCAGAGGAUGCAGGUGGCCCGCUUCAGAGCCAAGUUCGACCCCAGGGUUCUUGCCAGAUAUGACAUCAAGGCUCUUGUUGGGACAGGCAGUUUCAGCAAAGUUGUCAGAGUGGAGCAGAAGAGCACCAAGAAACCUUUUGCAAUAAAAGUGAUGGAAACCAGGGUAAGAGAAGGCAGAGAAGCCUGCGAAUCUGAGCUCACUGUCCUGAGGCGGGUUAACCAUCGCUAUAUUGUCCAGCUCAUGGAGAUCUUUGAGGCCCAGGACAGAGUUUACGUGGUGAUGGAGUUGGCUACAGGAGGAGAGCUCUUUGAUCGACUCAUUACCCAGGGCUCCUUUACAGAACAGGAUGCUGUCAGGAUCCUCCAGAUGGUAGUUGAUGGCGUUAGUUAUUUGCAUGCAUUACGGAUAACUCACAGGGACCUAAAGCCUGAAAAUCUCUUAUAUUAUCAUCCAGGUGCAGAGUCAAAAAUUUUAAUCACAGAUUUUGCUUUGGCCCACUCCGGGAACAAAAGUGGUGACUGGACAAUGAGGACACUUUGUGGAACCCCAGAUUACAUAGCCCCUGAGAUUUUGUUAAGGAAACCUUAUACAAGUGCGGUGGACAUGUGGGCUCUUGGUGUGAUCACCUAUGUUUUACUUAGUGGAUUCCUUCCUUUUGAUGAUGAAAACCAUACAAGACUUUACAGGAAGAUUCUGAAAGGCAAAUAUAAUUAUACAGGAGAGCCUUGGCCAAAUAUUUCGCAUUUGGCGAAGGACUUUAUAGACAAACUACUGAUUUUGGAAGCUAGUCAUCGCAUGUCAGCUGGGCAGGCCCUGCAUCAUCCCUGGGUGAUGACCAUGGCUGCAGGAUCUUCCAGGAAGAAUCUUCAGAGGGUCAUUUCCCAGAAUCUGAUGAAGAGGCCAUCUCCCCACUCUCAGAGUCCUGGAUCUGCACAAUCUUCUAAAUCACGUUCUUAUCACAAAUCAAGGAAUACAUGGAGCAAGAAAAACUUCAGGUUGGAAGAAUCAUCACUCUCUGCACUUUUGUGAACAGAUAAAGUUUAAAACCACUUGAUCUAAAUUUAAGCCAGAGCCAUUGAUUUCAUUAGUAGCUUUAAAUCAUCACUGACCAUUUCUUAGCGAUGAAGACAUCCUACAGGUCAUGCAUGUGGGAGCAUGUGGUUAUUGCCGAAUG